AUGGAGAAAGCCUUCACAUUUUUCCUCUUGACAAUACUCUUGUUGCUUCACUAUGUUAUAAGCCAAACCAACAUUACGACUGAUCAAUUAGCUCUUCUCUCUUUGAAAUCCCAAAUUAGUUCAGAACCUUUUCAUUAUUUGGAUGAAAGUUGGUCUCCUGCUAUUAAUGUUUGUCGUUGGGUUGGAGUCACUUGUGACUACCGUCACCAGAGAGUGAAGUCCUUGAAUCUUUCCGACAUGGCUCUUACCGGCAGGAUUCCUCGUGAUUUUGGAAACCUCACAUUUCUUGUUUCUCUUGAUUUGGGGAGGAACAAUUUCCAUGGAAAUUUGCCUCAAGAAAUGGUACUCUUACGUCGGCUUAAGUUUCUUAAGUUAAGUUUCAACAAAUUCAGAGGGGAAAUUCCUUCUUGGUUUGGGUUUUUAAAACAACUUCAAGUUUUAAAUCUUAAGAAUAACAGUUUCACUGGUUUCAUUCCCCCGUCACUCUCGAAUGCCUCAAGGUUGGAGACUUUAGAAAUAUCUGCUAAUUUACUUGAAGGAAACAUCCCGGAAGAGAUUGGCAAUCUUCACAACCUGAAAUGGUUGUCCAUACAACAAAAUCAGGUUACGGGUUCUAUACCAUUCACAAUUUUCAAUAUUUCUAGUAUCCAAGUCAUUGCAUUUACAUACAAUAGCUUAUCAGGAAAUCUUCCCAAUGGUUUAUGCAAUGGUCUCCCAAUACUCAAAGGGCUUUAUCUAUCAAUGAACAAGCUUGAUGGUCAUAUGCCUAAAAGCUUGUCAAAUUGUUCACAAUUGCAAACUUUGUCUCUAUCCGGAAAUGAUUUUGAUGGACGAAUACAUAGUGAAAUUGGAAGAUUGAGCAACUUGCAGACACUGUUGCUCAAAUCCAACCAUUUCACAGGCAAUAAUCUAUCAGGAACUCUACCACCAAACAUAGGUUCUACCUUACCCAACAUUGACGGGCUUUAUCUGGCUAGCUUAACCAAUCUUGUUGGGACUAUUCCUCAUUCUAUCUCCAAUUGUUCAAAGCUUACUGAUCUAGAGCUUUCAGAUAACAAACUCACAGGAUUGAUUCCCAAUUCUCUUGGAUAUUUGACUCAUCUAAACUUCCUAAACUUGUGGGGAAAUAAUUUAACCAGUGAUUCAUUUUUAAGCUUCCUCACUUCCUUAACCAAUUGCAGAAGAUUAACAAAUCUUGAUCUAUCUUCCAACCCUCUAAAUGGCAUGCUUCCGGUCUCCGUAGGGAACUUCUCCAUAUCUCUUAUAAUGUUUGAUGUCAAUGCUUGCAACAUCAAAGGCAAGAUUCCAAAUGAAGUUGGAAACUUAAGCAACUUAUUAGACCUUGAUCUUUCUGAUAAUAACUUCAUUGGAUCAAUGCCUACAUCAAUUCACAACUUGAGAAGCCUUCAGCACCUGGACUUGAACAACAACAAGCUUACGGGAUUUAUUGGAGAUAAUUUAUGUAAAUUGCAACAUUUGGGAGAUAUUUACUUGGGUCAAAAUCAACUUUCAGGAUCUCUCCCUAAUUGUUUAGGGAACGUUACUUCUCUUAGAUUGAUAUAUCUUGAUUCCAAUAAAUUGAGUUCCAAUAUACCAACAAGCUUGGGGAAUCUUAAAGAUCUAAUAGAGCUUCACUUAUCAUCAAACAACAUGGUUGAGUAUGGACUGGAUGGACUGGUGUCAAUAAAAUGUGAUGACUAUAGUUACGGGAUUAUGCUACUGGAAACAUUUACUAGGAGAAAGCCUACUGAGUUUGAGGGAGAUCUUAGCUUGAAGCAAUGGAAACAGCUCGAUGCACGAGAUAUGGAGAAGGCUCUCAUCCAAGGGUUGUAA